AUCAUGAGAAAAAACGGAUCACAUGGUCUGGCAAAAUUUUAUAGGUGGAAAACCAAAGUUUCGAGGGAGCCACUUUUCUUCGCUCCGCCGCCAACACCGUUGACAACUCCAAUCGUGAAUGCGAAGCGGCCAGAAAUCACCCUGAUGCUGGUCUACUGGCUUUCUAAAUUUUUUGGCGUAGCUCCAGUUAUCUACGAUCCAGCCGCUGAAAAAUUAAUACGCUCACGAGCUAAUAUCGCUUACAGCUCCUUCUUCAUGUGUAUGAGCAUUGGUCUGUGGAUAUUCCUCACACAAAACACCGCACAGACCACUUUAAACGAGGGGAAAGUAAUAAGCGGUCUAGAGCCCGUGCUUCUAUCUGCGAUGAACACGCUGCAAAUGCUGAUGGCCAUGUUCCGAUCGUCGUCCGUCCUGGACACGCUAUCCUUGCUCUGGAGUCUCGACGCUGAGUUAACACCCGCCAAAGGUGGGCCGUCUUUAGCCAUAGGCCUAGUGCCGCCCGCCGUUUCCAUUGUCGCCAGCAUUGCGGAUUUGGUUGCUUCAUUCCUGGAGGAGUUUGAUUACGCUUACUAUGACUCUGUGACCUAUAUGUCCUACUAUGUCAGUGCCAUCGCAGGAGCACUCGUCGAGGCGCAAUUCUGUGUCGCAUGCCUGGCGAUUCGAUUCUGGGUGUGGAACCUGAACCUUCGAAUUCAGGUGGUGAGGCGCAACGGUAUUGGUGCAAUUUAUCGUCUGGAAGCGCUUCGGCUGACCCACUCUAAGCUGGUGUCGGCAUCAAAGGAACUAGACGCGGCGUUCGCGCCCCAACUGCUCCUGGGGUGCUCUCUUUGCUUCGUGGGAACCGUGCUGAACGCCUACUUCAGCGUGAACGGCUUUUAUGAGGGCGGCCGCGACCAAGACGAGGCCAAUGAGCUGCUACAAAAUGUGCAGUGGCUCUUUGUGGUCAUGUUCCUUUCGCGCAUCUUCCUUGUCUGCUUCUCCGCCUCCAGACUGGUGACGGAGUUCAAACAGACUGGCUGGCAGCUGAGUUUGCUCGGCGAUCACAGACUCCACGGUGAUAUCAAAAAGGAGUUAGAAAUUUUCCAGGCGCAAGUUAUAGCUGCCCAUGUGGAUUUUACAGCCUGGGGCAUCAUUCCUUUGGAUUUCUCUCUGCUGUUUGCGAUUGUCAGCACAACUACGUCCUACUUAUUGAUUCUGAUUCAGUACAGGCCGAAAUAAUAAUAGGAAAACAAAACAAGAUUUUUAUGUUCCUGCUUUUUUACGCGGUAUUUUAUUAACAAAA